AUAUCGUAAAAUUCCUUCUAUAUCUAUACAUAUACAUACAUCACAAAUACACCUAAUGACCGCAUCCUCGUCUUUGAUCGCUAAAUACACAACAAUUAACCUUCAUGCACUAGAUAACAUUCUAUUACUAUAAGACCAAUCACUGGGGGUUGUCAAAUGUAUUAAAAAGAUUAACCUGUUCUACUUCAAUUGCACCCCUUAACACGACAAAAUGAACAUGUUACGAAGAAUUGCUUUUUAUCACAUGAAAUUAUGAAGUACCGAAAGUACGAAGACCUGACAUAGUAUGUGUGUGUAUAUUGUAGAGUUCUAUCAAGCACGGACCUGAAAUCGUAUACCCAGCCGUGCAUUAUAAAUGAACGCUACACAGCGUACCGUCGGAGACAGAAUAUAGAUGGCCAACUACAAGUUUGUUUACUUUGCUCUGAGGGGGAGGGGGGAACUCAUCAGAAUGGUGUUCAGGCUCGCCAAGGUGGAGUUCCAGGACGAACGCGUCAACAUAGAAGACUGGAAAGAAAUUAAACAUAGCACACCAACUGGAGAACUGCCUUAUUUGGAGGUCAAUGGAAAACGACUCACCCAGAGCCUAACCAUAGCGCGCUACCUGGCACGUGAGUUCGGGUUGGCGGGAGGUACGAACUGGGAACAGGCUCUAGUAGAGCAGGUCGUAGACACCUGUGACGACUUACGGGCAGAAAACGCUAAGAUCAUUCACGAGAGGGACGAAAACAAACUGAAUGAACUUAAAUUAAAUAUGACCGAUGUAGUCUUACCUAAGUACCUGGAUAGGCUCAGCAGCUUCCAAAAGCAGCAUGGCGACAAAUAUUUUGUCGGAUCAGAGAUUACUUUAGCUGAUUUAGCAGUACAUGAAGUGAUGACUACUUUCCUCCAGGAAGACCCCUCCGUCUUAGACAAAUAUGAAGCCUUAACCGAGCACCGGCAGCUUAUAGAACAGCACCCAAAUCUAGUACAGUACCUCUCUGACAGACCAGUCACUAUCGUGUAACAGAGAAGAUUUUUCUAUCAAGGUGCUGGAGUUCCUAUUCGACAAACAAGUAAAAUGUUUACAGAUGUGUUC